AUGACUGGUUUUGUGGUCCAUGAAAGACUAACCCAGGCCGCUGUGUUCUUGUGCAGAGACAUCGCAACAGACCGAGAUGCGCUGCAGGAGAUGUGCAUCACUCACGUCCUCAACGCUGCAGCCCCAAAGAAGGACCUGAAGUAUUACUUGGGAACAUUUAAUGAUGAAGACAUAGUAGGAUCGGUCAAUACAAGGUCCAGAUAUUACAGAGGCUUGCCUACAGCGGACAGACGCUGUUCUGACAUCAGCGAGUACUUCGUGCCAGCUGCCAAAUUCAUUGACAAGGCCCUGGAUAAGCGAGCGAGUAAGGUGCUGCUUUGCUGCAAGCAGGGUGUCGAGCACUCGGCGACUCUGUUUCUGGCGUGUCUGAUGAUCUGCCAUGACAUGAUGGUGGAGGAGGCUAUUGAUCACGUCAUGAAGUCGAGACGCAUCAGGCCCUCCAGAGACGUCCUGAAGAAGCUGAUGCUACUGACCUUGUGCAGCAGAGAAAACUAAAGCUGCAGGAC